GUUGUGUGUGAUGGAGGACGCAGAGAGAGACGAGGGACAGGAGGGACAGGAGGGACAGGAGGGGACAGCAGCUGCUGGUCAUAGUCCAACUGUCCAACGUCUCCAACAGAGUGGGACAGAGUCUGUCAACACACUGAGUGUGAGGAGGGGCUGCAGGUCCAUCAGGUCUGACAGAAGAUUCCAGGUUUUCGGAGCAGAACCAGAAGAGAACCCACACUCCUUCAGCUCCUCUCUGAACUCUGUGUUGUGGAAAGCCAACGACGUCCUCCUGCUGGUCGCCGAGAACUUCUACCGGAGCGAUCGUUGUGGUCUCAGCAGGUUCUUCCUGGUUCCCAACAGUUUGGACCAAUGGGCUGACAGCAUGCAGCAGAGGCUGCUGGGAUACCAGGAACAGACCAGGAAGUUUCUGAGCACGAGCAGAGAGGAGUUGGACAUGCAGCUGUCCCACCUUCACGAGCUGCUGCAGAUGUUACCUGCCGCUCUGAUCCGUAACCAUGGGCAACAGCAGGAGGCAGGGCUUAUGGAGGAGGUGGGCGGAGUCAGACAGAAGCUGGAGGAGACGCUGGCAGCCAGUGAGGAGGAGAAGGUCUCACCUGUCUGUCCUCACCU